CGUCUCUGUACACAGCUUAAACACCACAGCUCCACCUCAACAUUCUUUAAGCAGUCGACUCUGUUCUCUCCACAUCUACAUCAUAUCGUCUCUCUACUGAUUUAUUAUCUGAUCGCCCUCUUUGGUGACAGGGCCCGAGUGGACAGAAGACGGGGUCUGUUUACUAUCCUUACAACCAGGAAGUUGGGUUGGAGACGCGGAGCCGCUCGAUAUGGCUGCAUCAAGCGCCUCCUCAUCCAUCUCGGUUACAGUGCGAGUGCGUCCAUUUACCAUCCGCGAAGCUGCACAAUUAUCGAAAUGCGACGAUACGCCGUUGUUUUUAGGCGAUGGUUCUCUGGCUGGGGUGCCCACGCCGAAGCUGGCACAGCGAGGCAUUCGGUCUGUCGUCAAGGUGGUUGACGACAAGUGUUUAAUUUUUGAUCCCCCAGAGGACAAUCCCGUUCAGAAAUUCACGCGGAGCGUUGUCCCCAAUGGAAAGCGAGUCAAAGACCAGACAUUCGGCUUCGAUAGGAUUUUUGACGAGAACACAACACAAGCCGAAGUCUACGAGUCGACGUCACGUAACCUUCUCGACAGUGUUUUGGACGGAUACAACGCGACAGUUUUCGCAUACGGUGCCACAGGAUGCGGAAAGACGCAUACCAUCACUGGCACUGCUCAGCAGCCUGGAAUCAUUUUCUUGACAAUGCAGGAGCUCUUCGAGAAGAUUGAGGAGCGAAAAGAGGAAAAGGUUACCGAAGUCUCGCUCUCCUAUCUCGAAAUAUAUAAUGAAACAAUUCGCGACUUGCUGGUUGAAGGAGAUCGCAAGGGUCUCAUGUUACGUGAAGAUGCCAACCAGGCGGUCUCCGUGGCCGGUUUGUCAAGUCACCACCCGCAGAAUGUUCAGGAGGUUAUGGAUAUCAUCAUGCGAGGGAAUGAGAUGCGUACCAUGUCGCCCACCGAAGCCAACGCCACCUCGUCGCGAUCUCAUGCAGUCCUGCAAAUCAACGUCGCCCAGAAAGACCGCAAUGCAGACGUGAACGAACCCCUUACAAUGGCGACGCUGAGUAUCAUCGACCUUGCUGGAAGUGAGCGAGCAAGUGCGACAAGAAACCGAGGUGAGAGGUUACAGGAGGGAGCAAACAUCAAUAAAUCCUUACUUGCAUUGGGAAGCUGCAUCAACGCCCUUUGCGACCCACGGAAGCGAAACCACAUCCCUUACCGAAACUCCAAGCUCACUCGACUUUUGAAAUUCUCGCUUGGCGGAAAUUGUAAAACCGUGAUGAUCGUUUGCGUUAGUCCGUCAAGUCAGCAUUACGACGAAACCCAGAACACGCUUCGGUAUGCAAACAGAGCCAAGAACAUCCAGACGAAGGUGACGAGAAACGUGUACAACGUUAACCGCCAUGUAAAAGACUUUUUGGUCAAGAUUGACGAGCAGAUGGCUUUGAUCAACGAACUCAAAGCCCAGCAAAAGGAUUACGAAUCGAUCGCCUUCACCAAGUUCCGCAAACAGAAUGAGAAGAAAGAUACCGUGGCCAAAGAAAACGUGGCGCGCUUACGAAGCUCAUACGAGAACGCUGCCGUGGAAAGGCAAGAAAAGGUCUCUAGCAUGCUGAAAUUGAGGCAGGUCAGCCGAAGGAUUGGCAUGUUGUCAUCCUGGAUUGCUGCUUUCGACAAUGUGUGCGAUUCGUGCGAGAAUGUAGCUCCAAUGGCCAACCUACAGGCUAUUCGAAAAACAGCACAGGGUAUUCUGUUCGAACUGGAGAACACUCGCCACCACUUCAAUCAAAAAAUUUCAAGAAACAACUGGGAUAGGGCUAUUAAUACCGCACUCGAACACGGCAUCCAACAGCUACGGGAAUUCGAGACGAGUGAUAGCACUGAUGUCGCCAAUCUCACUCGCGAGGCAGAAUUACUGAAAGCUAACGCCGACCGCGAAAUGUUAUCUACGAUCGCCGAACAGGAGAAAGCUGGAGACGCAGCCACUGUUCAAAUGCUUCUCCAAGCCCAUUUUGAAACAAUUUCUGCAAUCGAGAACAUUAUGCAUUUAACAGAGGCCGAGGCUAUCGAAGUCGGCAAGAAGAUACUGAACAAUAUGCUUAAUUCUUGCACUUCGUCUGUCGCCAAUGUUGUUAAGCCUGAUGGAAACGCGGCGUCCAUUGAUAUUCCUCCCACACCAAAGGCAGACACUUCCGUCCGCCGCAGAAAGUCCAGCCUUGCAGGUAUCCCUUUCAAGUCAUUAAAGCCCGCCACAGCUAUCCCAUCACAUGUUGCUGCAUCUCCUACAAAAAACUCUCCACGCCGGCGCAAAACGGUCAUGGCAAAGAAAGGGAUCUCCUUCACGCCUAAAAGGACCCCAAUCAAGGCAAGCAAGAGAGGUGUUCGAUGGAAAGAUGACGUGCAAGACGGCUCUCUUGCUGAAUAUGAAAAGACGCCACGAAAAUCACAAGUCAUAAUAGAAGAGCCGUUAGAAGAGCCGUUAGAAGAGCCGUCAGAAGAGUUACCUCCGCCAAGAAUCUCACCGAUGCCUCGAGGGAUCCCAGUGUUCACCAAGAAUGAUGAUUCACCUAGGUCCUCUUCACCUAUCCCAGCAUCACCAGAACCAAGCUUAGGAGUACCUAGCAAAAACAAUCGGUUCAAAGCUGGCUUCCUCGCCAAGAAAUCCGGAUCUCCUGUUCCACAAACUGCGCCUAGCCUUGUGCCAGAGGAACACUCCCCGCUUCGCAGCAUCGAAAAUAGUAGUUUCCUAAACCGGCCGUCGCUCGACCGACCAUCCAGAAUCGCUAUUCGCUCACCUAGUGGAAGCUACAGAGGCAGUCCCGCCUCGGAUGAUGAGAAGACGUGGAAAGCUGACAAGGAAGACGCCAUCAAGAUCAAUGCAGCAAUGCGCCGAAUCUCAGGAGGUCAAUUCGGAAACGGACCCUCUGCCGUCCCCGUCAGUAAGAUCCAGCGCCGCCGCAGUCCCACGGCCACAUCUAUCAGCAGCUCCCCCCCAGAAAGCAGCAUCAGCAUGUUCUCUGCCUCCGAAGCAAGGCGCAUGGUAAAAAGUGACAAAUCGCAUGAUGCCAAACCCAAUAUUCUCGGCCCUCGCGUGAUCUCAGUGACAAAGAACUCCCGACGCACCACCAUGGGCGGUGACUUUCGGCCUCGCGAGGUGAGCCUCACUGGCCAUGCUGUGCGACUGAGCAUGGCUGCGAGCGCAAGCUCUGAGUCGCGAUUUAGCCUCGGGCCCGCGGUUCGGGGAGCGUUGCGGUAGUUCGCAUAACAUUAUGUAUAAUCUCCUAACGAUGGCGCCUAGUAUGGAAUAAGCUGUAUACCACCAGGAGUACUGGCGCGCAAGGCGUUUGAAGGUUUUUUUUUUUUGCUUUUCUUUUCAUUCUCUUUUGUAAAUGUGGAUGGUUCAAUCACUGGAUCACGAUACUAUUCUUCAUGAACAUGUUCAAGUAC